AUGAGCGUGUGCUGCUCCAGUGGAUGCUGCUCUGUUGUGAAGAGCAAGACGGUGUGCUGCAGCCCCUGCCAGAAGACAGUCUGCUGUGAUCCGUGUCAGAAGACUGUCUGCGUUGAGAAGACAGUCUGCUGUGACCCAUGUCAGAAGCCUUGCUGUGACCGGUGCCAGACUUGCUGUGACCCAUGCCAUAAGCCGUGCUGUGACCCGUGCCAGCAGUCUGUCUGCUGUGACCCGUGUCAGAAGCCUUGCUGUGACCCAUGCCAGACUUGCUGUGACCCAUGCCAGAAGCCUUGCUCUGAUCCAUGCCAGACUUGCUGUGACCCAUGCCAAAAGCCGUGCUGUGACCCGUGCCAGAGUUGCUGUGACCCAUGCCAAAAGCCAUGCUGUGACCCGUGCCAGACUUGCUGUGAUCCAUGCCAGAAGCCUUGCUCUGAUCCGUGCCAGACUUGCUGUGACCCAUGCCAAAAGCCAUGCUGUGACCCAUGCCAGACUUGCUGUGACCCAUGCCAGAAGCCUUGCUGUGACCCGUGCCAGAAGACUGUCCGCUGUGACCCGUGCCAGACUUGCUGUGACCCAUGCCAGAAGCCUUGCUCUGAUCCAUGCCAGACCUGCUGUGACCCAUGCCAGAAGCCUUGCUCUGAUCCAUGCCAGACCUGCUGUGACCCAUGCCAGAAGCCUUGCUGUGACCCGUGCCAGACUUGCUGUGACCCAUGCCAGAAGACUGUCUGCUGCGACCCGUGCCAGAAGCCGUGUUGUGACCCGUGCCAGACCUGCUGUGACCCGUGCCAGAAGACUGUCUGCUGUGACCCAUGCCAGAAGCCAUGCUGUGACCCGUGCCAGACUUGCUGUGACCCGUGCCAGAAGACUGUCUGCUGUGACCCGUGCCAGAAGACUGUCUGCUGUGACCCGUGCCAGAAGCCCUGCUGCAGUUGCUGUAGCCAGCAGUGCCUGCAGACCUGCUGCCACCCGUGCUGCUGCUCUGGCCGUCUGUCCUGCUGCUCCUACGUGGUGAAGAAGAAGCCCGUUAUGGUGUGCUACAGCCCCGUGCAGUACUGCUCCCCGCCGAGGAAGUGCUACGUGCCCAUCAAGCAGUGCUGCACCACCGUCAAGAAGUGCUGCUGA